AUGAACGGAACGACCCUCUACACCGGCGAGGUCGCCCUGUCGACCUCGUCGUGGAGCGCAAGGACGCUGCUGUUCAAUGCCUUCCUCUCCUGCAUCGCCUACGCGGUCAUCCUUGGCAUCAAAUCCAAGUACUUUCACGUCACGUCGUCGAUCCCAGGUCCGUCGCUGCUGCACUGGACGAUGCUGCCGGCGCUGUACUACUACAUCCGCGGAGAGCAGUGGAAGUACGUCGACCACCUGCACACCGUCUACGGACCCAUCUUCCGCCUGGGCAGCAGGCAGAUCUACGUCUCGGACAAGGAGGCCAUCAAGCAGUUGCUGGCCAAGGAGAACCAGCCCAAGGUCAACUGGUACGCCGCCCUGUCGCGCGACCCCAAGACGGCCGGCAUGUUCACCACCACCAACAAGGAAUACCACCGCCAGCGGAGGAGGCUCAUGAGCCCCGCGUUUGCCGUCGAGUACCUCAAGAACCUCGAGCCGUUCCUUCACAACGCCACCACCAAGCUCUUCGAAGCGUACCAGACGAGGACCGAGAAGGCGGCCAAGGAGGGCCGCGAGCUUCAGAUCAACGUCUACGAGGAUCUCGCCUGCCUCGCCAUGGACAUCCUCGGCGAGACGGCCUUCGGCACGUCGUUCAACCUGGUCGCCUGCCUCGACGACCCAAAGGCCGAUCGACGCUUUGUCGAGAUCAACCGCCUGCUGGCCAAGUACCUCCACGACGGCGGCGUGCGCUUCUUUUGCAGGCCCUUUGACAAGUACAUGAAGCGCGACCUCAACGUGUACAAGCUGACCAACCCGCUGGUCGAGGAGCGGUUCGCCGAGAAGCGGGCGGCGCAGGAGAAAGACGCCGACGGCUCCGAGGAGCGCAAGGACAUCCUCCAGUUCCUGGUCAACGCGAGCGUCGAGGUGCAAAAGGGGCAGAAGGACAAGCUGACCGAGAUCCAGGUCAAGGACCAAUGCGUCGAGCUCCUCAUCGCCGGCGGCGAGACGACGAGCAACACCAUCACCUACAUCCUCAAGGCUCUCCUCGAGAACCCGGACAAGCUGGAAAAGCUCUACGAGACGAUCCCCUCGGCGCCGCUCGACUCGACCGUGGCCGGCUUCGAGGAGCUGAGGGACACGCCCUACCUCGACGCCUGCAUCAACGAGGGCAUGCGCAUGUACCCGGUGACCAACGAGCUCGGCCGCCGCACCGCGCGCGAGUCGACCGUGGUCCUGGGCCACGUCAUCCCGCCGCGAACCGCCAUCUCUGCCUCGCUCCGCGCGCUCCACUACUCGCCCUCGUACUGGCCGCAGCCGCACAAGUUCUGGCCCGAGCGCUUCCUCGACGGCAACACCGAGGGCGCCCCUCCGGCCGACAUGGCCGCCUUCAUGCCCUUUGGCACCGGCCCGCGCAACUGCAUCGGCUGGAAGUUCGCCUGGCACGAGAUGAAGAUGGUUCUCCACACCCUGCUCAGCCGCUACCACGUGUACGCCGUCGAGAAGGACGUCGACUUCCGCCAGUUUGUCACCUUCCAGCUCGCCAAGCCCCGCUUCAGGAUCGGCCUCAAGCCGAGGGAGCCCGUCGCUGCCAGCGCCUGA